AUGACAGCUCUAUUCGACACAACUUGCGUUAGUGCUUCGACCAUCUCCAAGCAAAAGCACUACAUCGCAGGCAUUGAAGUCACAAUAUAUGGUGCCUCUGAGGUCGCCCAAUCGGCAACAUCGGUUGUCUGUCUGUUUCUCUUACAUCCACGUCUUGAAACUUUGACAUACGUCGAACCGAUCGCAUUACGGUGUCUACAGGCCCACCAUGAAAGCUCAGCACAACCCGAAAGAGGGCUAAUUGUCGCUUCGUUCGAUCAACGAAAUCAUGGAACACGACUCGUGUCUACGAAAUCAAAUGAAGCCUGGAGAUCAGGAAACGAGCUUCAUGCCAUUGAUAUGUUUGGAAUAUAUCAAGGGACUAGUCAUGACGUUUCAUUGUUGAUCGAUCAUGUACCGUCAUAUGUAUUCCCCGACGGCGAUAAGACGGUAGACGGUUGGCUGUGUGCCGGCGUUAGUUUGGGCGGACAUGCGACUUGGUUAAGUUUGGUCAACGAGCCACGAGUCAAAGGUGGUGUAGUAAUCAUCGGGUGCCCAGAUUUCCAGAGCGUUAUGACACAUCGAGCAUGGAAGAGCAAAUUGAAGAGUUACCAAGAAGAUGGAUUCAUCGGGAGCCCAGACUACCCGAAAACUCUAGAUUCUACGGUGCGAAGGACCGAUCCCGCUGGUAUUAUCAUGAGGGAUAGGUCUCAGGUGGAGAGCUCCAGACUCAUCAAAGAACGCCUUGGAGGGAAAAAGAUCCUGCUUCUCAGUGGGGGCGCUGAUAAACUCGUCCCAUAUGAUUGCUCAAAACCCUUCUUGGACCUCCUAAAAGCCGAAGGACAAAGUCUCGCGGAUCUUAAGGAUAUCGUAUACGAUGGAGUAGGACACGAUUGCACCGAGCAGAUGAUAGUGGAGCUAGUAAUUUUCGUUGCAGAUUUUCUUUCGGCCAAUACCGAGAGCAAAUCCAAGGUACGAUAG